UCCCUACUUUAAUCACCAUGAAGGUCACUAGAAUCCUCGCCUCCCUCGCCGUCGCCAGCACCACCGCUGCUGCCGCCGUCCCGGCCAACUUGGAUGUCACCCAGAUCCAGUCCACCGUCAGCCAUCUGGACACCGUCCUCACCAACCUCGACGGUGCCGCGAAGAGUGGCACCAUCAGCAAGGCUGACCUCGCUGACAGCUCAGACCAGCUCUCCGGCAUCCACGACCUGCUGAACAACCUCGUCGGCACCAUCGUCGGCGGCGUCGACUCUAGCGAGCUCCUCCAGGGUGCUCUUGAUCUCGUGGGUGGGGUUGUGACUGUUGUCAUCAACGCUCUCAGCUACACCGACCAGGUCCCCGACUUCGGUUUCCUGUCUGAGAGCCUCGUCACCCGCAUCCAGAACGGCGAGGUUGAUAAGGAGGGUCUUGAGGGUAUCUUGACUGUUGUUGGUGGUAAAGAUGGUCUUGCCGCUCUCAACAAGGUCCUCGAGCAGGGUAAAUAGAUGGUGCAGCCAUGAGGCUUGACUGGAUAUGAAGAUGGAUGGGAGGUGGUGCCUUGUUUGUAAUAAGGAGAGCUUAAUAUAUAAUACCCUUUAGUAAAUAUACUAGCGGAGUGGUAAUAUAAUACAUAAUCUUAUCAGGC